UUCAUGCAUUUUGAAAACAUUUGUAUUUUGCAGCCUAGAUAGUGCCAAGAAUGAAUCACAGUUACUACAAAAUAGCGAUGAAUCAAAAUUGUUCUCUGAUGAAGACCUAGCAUGGCAACUCCAUGAAACUGAAAAAGAAAAGUUAGAUAUGGUCAUUAAACACCGGCAAGAACUGUCUAGCCGUGAAAUCCAGAUUGUCAAAUUACGGUGUGAAGUUGAGAAAGGAGAGGCAGUGCGACAAAAUCUGGAGUAUGAAUUGGCAGUUGCCAGAAAAGAUGCUCAUUUGAGAAUCUGUGAUCUAGAAGAGGAAUUAAGUGUUGUAAAAACCACGCUUGUGGAGCUGCAAGUAUUUAAUGAAAAACUUCAGCAGAAAGUGGUAGAGACUGAGAAAGCAUUUCAUAUUGCUCAACAGAAGUGGAAAGAACAACAGCAAAGACUUGCAAAUGAAAAGGAUGAGAUUUUCAGAAAAUGCAAGGAUGAAUAUGAAUUGCUUCUUAAGGAGAGAACCAAACUGGAAAGUGUUUUGCAGGCAGCUACAGUGAGAAUAAAGAAAUUGGAAGAAGACACUGAAGCAGAGAGAGCAGCGCAUUUGGAAUCCAAGUUCAACUCAGAAAUCAUACAGCUAAGAAUUCGAGACCUUGAAGGAGCUUUGCAGGUGGAAAAAGUCAGUCAAGCAGAAACUCUUUCGGAUUUAGAAAUGAUCAGGAAGAAGUUAAAAGAGGUAGAAAAUGCAUAUGAGAGGGAAAAGCAGAAUGCCCAAGGGAACCUGGAAAAGCUCAAUAUAUUAAAAAGAGAGUAUUUCUCCACAAACAAGCAAAUGAAUGAGAAGAUUGAGGAAAAUGAAAAGGUAAUUAAAGAUCUCUAUGAGAAGCUACAGGAUAAUGAAAAAACUCGCAGAGAAUUACAAGAGGAACUUGCAAUGGCCAAGAAACGCCAGAUCUUUCUAACAGAGACGUAUGAAAACAACAUGAGAGAGCUGGAGUUACUCUUGGACAGCUUUGCUAUGUCAGACCAGCGGACAGCAGGCACUUGUAAGGACAAAGAUAAACCUUCAAGCUUCUCUGUCCUUGAGACUUUGAGUUGUACCUUGACAGCUUACCAGAACAAGCUGGAAGAUACGUCUAAUGAGCUUGGGAAAAUGAAGGCUUUGUGUGGAAAGAUGACAAAAGAACUUGAGAUAUCCAAAGAGAAAAUGUAUGCUUUAAGUCAAGACCUGAAGGAAGCACAGGAUAACCUGGCUGAUGCCAAUAAAGAGUUAAAUCAUCUGCAUACUAAGUGUGCAGACAAAGAGACUUUAAUAGGAGCUUUAAAAAUGCAGCUACAGAAUGUACAGCAGUACUGGGAGGAGGAGAAAGUACGUGCCACAGAAUCUGAAAAUGAAAUCCAGAAGCUUACCAGGGCUUACCAGAAGGAUAUGGAGGAGAAGCUAACCUUCCUCCAUGGCUUGUACCAGCGGUUGGUAGCUGGCUGUGUGCUUAUAAAACAACCAGAAGGCAUCCUAGAUAGAUUCUCUUGGUCUGAGCUUUGUGCAGUCUUGCAGGAGAAUGUUGAUGCCCUGAUCUUAGACCUCAACAGGGCUAAUGAGAAGAUAUCUCACCUAGAAUAUGUUUAUAAGAACAAGUAUUAUGCUAUGAAGGAGCUUCAGCAACACCAGGAAGAAGCUUUUAGCAGAAUGGCCAAACAGGAAAGCUGUUGGCGGAAACAAAAAAAGUAUCUGGAACAGCAGUACUCAGGUCUCCUUUGGGAAGUUCAUGCAAGGGCACAGGAAUACGAAGACACAGCAGAGAAAAACAAGGAAGCAAUCUAUGUCCUUGAAAAAAGAUGGGAGAAGUUGGCCCUUGAAAAUAUUUAUGUGAAAAAUACAUUAACACAGAUUCAGAAGGAACAUUCAUCUCUCCUGGCAGCAUGUGCACUAUUGGCAGGUGCCCUGUAUCCUCUCUAUGGCCGAUCAUGUGCUCUGUCUACACAAAGACACCUUCUCCAGGAUCAGGUCAACAUCUAUGAAUUAGUUAACCAGGAGAUUAGGAUUCUAGUUCAUGCUCUCUCUAGUGUAGAGGAAAAGAAGCAAGAAUCUAAAAUGAAGAAAAGAAAAUUCAAAGGCAUGAUACGUGUGUUCCGAAGAGGUGUGAUUGCAGUUCUGGCAGCCAACAGGCUUAGAGUUUUAUCUCAGUCUUCUAGUUCUCUGUUCUCCUGGAUAAAUGGUUUCAAAGAAGGCAUCGGAAUUCUAGUUUGUGUAGGGGACUCCAAAAGCAAGCGUAAUCCGUCAAGACACAAACAGGAACAAAUUGAUUGUGUUGAAGCACUCAGCUGGUUUACUAGUUCUAAGCUCCUUGCGGCAAUAAUCAGUUCUGUCACAGAAUUACAGGAUGUUGUUAACAAAACAGAUCCAAAUUUGCGUCUUUCUGGACACUUACUUCUAAGUGCGGCCAGGAACUCCUUUUCAAAACUUAUGGACAAGCUUAAUGUAAUAAUGGAGACUGUUCCACUGGACAGCAGCAGCAUUUCCUAUAUGGAGGAGGACUCCUUGGUACAGAGGCUGGCUCAUGGACUUCAUAAAAUAAAUGCUCAGGCUCUGGAAGCUGGAUUUUGUGACAGACUCCCCAUUAUGGAAAGCAUAGCAUCCUUGCAGAAGCAAAUAUUUGAGUUUACACAAAGACUUCAUAAGGCAGAAGUGGAACGCCGCUCAUUGCGCCUAGAACUUGCAGAAUUCAAAGGGAAUUUCAGUGAGAUGAAAAAAGAGGCUGACAAAGCUCAGAGCCUGCAAGAACAAUUAAAUAUGUUUAAGCAAUCUAGACUCUUCGAGGCAAUGACGGAGCUGAGAAGAAAAGAUCAAUCUCUGCAUCAGUUCAAUAGACUUCUUACCCAGCUGGAGCAGGACAAGCGUCGGCUGGAAGAGAGCAUCCAUGAUGCAGAGAGUGCCCUCUGCAUGGCAGCGAAACACAAAGAAUUGAUCAUUAGUCACAUGAAAUCUGUGGAAGCCACUCUUAAUAAGGUCAGAGAUCAGACCUUGCUGUCACAGACUGCGGCAACCAGGAAUGACUUCACCCUGCAGCUACCCAAACUGCACCUAGAGACCUUUGCAGUGGAAGGGCUGAAGGGCGGGCCAGAGGUUGUAACAUUUCAGAAGGAACUAUCCAUUUUAUUACAGAGGCCAGAAUGGUGCCUCUUCUGGAAUCUGACUGCUCAGCUUAUUACUGGGUAAAACUGUGUCUUCGUUCUCCUGGAGGUCAACAUAUGCAGUCAACAGAACCUGGGCUGCCCUCCUCUUUUCUUCUCCUCUCCAAAAGAACUCAUUUCUUACCUACUGUCAAAAUGUGCUGCUUCUGGACUGACCACCAGCCUGCCUUCUAAUAUAUUGUUUAAAGAGAAAAAAAAAAAAAGAAAAAGAUUAUUUAUUAAUGUCAUGAUACUUUGUACUUCCACCAUGAGUUGAAAUGCUUAUAAAUAAAUGCACUAAAUUAAUGAGAGUGGGAUUACACCCCCUGCAACUCUGAUCUUUUGCGAAUUCCAUUGUACUAAAAUUAAAGUUGAUGCAAGGCUUAAGGAACAAUAAUUAACAUAUAAAUAAAAUCUGAAUGACCAGAUUGAAGAGAUUUAACAUGAAGAAUGUUCAGCUGUUAUCUGGAGUCGUGUCUCCAGAUAGUUUGCAUUGUGACUGUAAGUAUUUAGAAGCCAUUUUAGCAUAAUUUAUUUUAACUAUAACUCCUUUGAAGACAGUAUUCCUUGUGAGCAUGUAUAUUUGACUGCACAGUUAUGUAUUUUGGAUGUAUUCAUGCACCUGACCUGGCAGAAAGCACUCUUUAUAGAGUAUACAUAAACUUUUUUUUGGAUUAUUAAGGUGCUGGUGGUGAUGGUCUGAUAUUAUGAGAAUCCUGCAUCAUAUUCUGUGAUAUUCAAAUGAAUUGUGUGCUCCUUGGAUCCAAAUUCCAUUGCAAGAGACAUUGCUUCUGGCACAAGGAUAAACCACCUUACAAGGUUUCUCAUUAGUGUAACAUAACCACAGGUGCCCAGAAUCUCCCCUGAAUUGUUCCAGGAUGUUUCUGUGAGGGCAAUGGUGGAAGCUUCGCUUUGGGAAAGGCUGGUUUUGAUAAUAACCUUACUAAAUAACGCAGCCUUGAAAAUCUGAGGAGUUGAAAGUCUGUAUUUGUUACUGUUUAGAUUACUACAUUUGUUACACAUUUGUUAAUGAAACAUAACAUUAAUGUACGUUUGCCCAACAUAUAAAUAAGUGAGGCAUCUUCAAAGCAUCAGUGAUUCAGGAAAUCUGACUUAUGGUUUGAGUUUCACAUCACUUUUCCUUUCUGCUGAUUGUGUUCCCAAUUUACUCUUCACAUGAUUUCUUUUAGCAGUUUUUUUCUCCCUGUCCUCAAUGGGCAUUCUGUUACUCUCUCUCCUUUCCUCAGUUUCCCCCCUCCUUAUCAUUAGCCUCUUUCCAUCACUUUCUCAGCCAACUUUCACUUUUUUGUUUCUCACCUUGCCUUACUUCAUUCUAAUAAACAGCUAGAGACUAAAUGAAGAACCCUUGUCAGAAGGCUUUGUAGUAGCUGAUACAUUGAUUACACCCAGUCCUGUUAAGUCUUUGACACUUAGGGACAGUAAAUAUCAAAGUAAAUAUCUGUAAUCACCAAUUAAUCAAAUACUGAAAGCUGUAUCUUUAUGCCUGUGAAUGCACUAACUUUUAUCCAGCCUCUUUUGUAAGCAUUAUUAAUUUUGUAAAAACUUACAGUCAAGAUCUGCUGCUGAUUAUCUUGAAUGCCAAAGUUAGUGUACAAUCAUUUAACCUUUCGGUACCAUUUCUUAAUGUAGAAAUUUCUUUUUUGACCCUUUCAAGCAGUUGUGUAAAUACCCGCCUUUGUCCACUUAGAAUUUUUCAUACAUUUCUGUUUGUGGUAUGUGGGUAAUCUGUUAAAAUGAAACCUGUGCUGAUAUGUAAGAAAGUUCUCUCAGUAGACAUGGUGCUCUCAAUAUGUAUCCAGAGCUGCCUCAGACAAUGAGUGCAGUCUCCUAAGUGCUGUAAUUACAAAAACAAGGCAUUGUCCAAUAACAGAAAAUAACAAAUAGUUAUCACAUCACCUUGUUUGUUUGACAUUUUUUCUCAGAUACUCAUGAGGUUAUCUCUGUGUGGUAUCUUAG